AUGUUGGCAAAUAUCCUGCUACCAUGGGUUUUCAUGACCAUCUCCUUGGUCUACCUAUGGCUCACCAUCUUCAAACUCGCCAUCACCGGUGACUUCAAGACCCUUCUGUCCUGGUCCGCACUCAAAGAGGCCUGGUUCGGCGAGUUCUGGAAAUUCAUGGGGCCCAAAGCCAAAGCCAGCGCCGAGGACAAAGUCAUGCCACUCCUCGAGGGCCGGAUUCGUAAAGGGCGGGUAUCCGAAAGGGGGGCCAGCAAGCCCAUCGAGGGUGUUGUCCUCGAAAUUGGAGCCGGGAGCGGGAUGUGGACUCAAUCGCUCGCCACCGUCGUCCGAGCCGCAAAAGCCGAGUCCCGUGCAGCCCCGACCAAGAUCUACGGCGUUGAGCCGAACCCGGUGUCCGCUGCAUCGCUGAAACGACGUGUCGAGGAGGUCGGCUUGAAGGGAACUUAUCAGGUUGUGCCAGUGGGCAUUGAAGAUCUUCAAAACGAGUCGGCCUGGGGCGGACGUAUCGAACCUGGUAGCGUCGACUGUAUCAUGACCGUUCAGUGUCUCUGCAGUAUUCCGGAGCCUGAGAAGAACAUACGACUGCUUUACAACUACUUGAAAAAAGGUGGUCGGUGGUAUGUCUUUGAGCAUGUCAAGGCGGAGCAAGGGCUUCUCAUCCCACUUUUUCAACGCUUCACAAACAUCUUCUGGGAGCACAUGAUGGGUUCUUGUCAAUUGUGCCGAUCGACGGGGCAAACCUUGCAGAGUGUUGGCUCGUGGAGUGAUGUGGACUUGGCUCAGCCAGCGGGUGAGUCGAGUAGCGAUGUGAUCCCCCAUGUCGUGGGAGUCCUCACCAAGUAG